AUGGCAUCGUUUUCCAGCCCUCGAACAUCCUCGACAAUACUUUCAGAAGGUCCUACAAUCCAUACGUGGACAAUAACUCCCGCUAGUUCAAACAACAUGGGCUCUUUAUAUGAUGUUAUCCGUCGAUGUAAUAAAUUCGAAGAGGGGCAAGGUACAGCAAUGUGGGAAUUUGUCAUUCUGGACAACUCGACUCCUGUUGGAUACAUGCUGCCCCAGCACGUUGCCGAGAUGAAGUGGGACAAUACGAGCUUCAGAAUCUCCAGAUCCAAGCGCAAGAUUCAUCUGGACCCUGCCAUCAAGCCAGGCGACGAUGUUGUCGACAUAUGCCGCCGCGAAUUUAUAAAGUUGUGCGAAAAGAAUGCCAACAAUCUCAAUGGCUGCUUCAAGAAGUGGCUCAACAAGAGCUCAGACUUCCAUCCUAUUCGUGGCCUUGAUGCCGAGUUGGCCGGCUUGGUCAUCCCCUCGGCUGCUAGAGGAAUCUUUGGUAUCGUCACGACGGGUGUUCACAUGAACAUGUUCACCAUAAGAGGAGGUGGGAUCUAUGUGUGGGUUUCGCGUCGCUCCCAAAAUGUCACAUACGCCGGAAAGCUUGACCAGCUUGUUGCUGGAGCAAUGGAUCCGGAAGACAACAUGAACCCUCUGGUGACGCUGCAACGUGAGGCUAUGGAAGAAGCAGGGCUCGCUGUUGACAUGCACACGAAAAUGGUCACUUGGAGAGGCAUCUAUGUUGGCAGAGCCGCUGGCGGGUCUCUGAUCUCAUUCUAUGAUCAGAAAGACCAUAUUGCUGGUAGCGAGGAGGGCCACAUUGAGCCUGGUAUUCGGUACACAUUUGACCUCGAAGUUAGUCCUGGCUUUGUCCCAUAUCCAGAGGAGCCGGAGUCGAUUGAUGGGUUCGUACUGAAGCCCGUGGAGGAGGUGAAGCGUGAUUUGAAGAAUGCAGAGUGGAAGCCCAACUGCGGACUCGUGAUGCUAGAUUUCUUGCUUCGAAAGGGUGUGAUUAGGGAGGAGGAUGACGUACAUUUUGGAUUGCUUAGACGCGGCCUGCACAGGAACCUGCCACUUCGAAUCGAGUGA